UCGCGGCUCAGCUAUAAAACCCUGGGCGGCAUGAUCGCGACACCCCCKCGACACACACACGCGGGAUCCUUGGUACGCGACCCCGGGCUUGGCAACUUCUUUGCUCUCGCGCAUCAUGUGGCUGCUGCUUGGUUUCCUGGCCCUUGCCACUGCCGGGCCCUUGGCUUACGCAGAGUCACAUUGGUGCUACGAUGUUCAAGUCAACUGCUCUGCCAGCUGCCUUGGGCCCAACCAGUGGGGUGGAGACUGCCAGAAGAAUCACCAGUCCCCUGUCAACAUCGUCACCAGGAAGGCCGUGAACCAGAACCUGGGACGCUUCUCUUUUUCUGGCUAUGAUAAAAAGCAAAAGUGGACAGUGGAAAAUAAUGGGCACACAGUGAUGGUGUCGCUGGGAAGUGAGUCCCAGAUUUCUGGAGGAGGCCUGGCUGCGCCAUACCGGGCCACGCAGCUUCACCUGCACUGGUCUAAGGAGCUAGACAGGGGCUCGGAGCACAGCCUGGAUGGGGAGCGCUUUGCCAUGGAGAUGCACAUAGUACAUGAGAAAGAGAAGGGGACCAGGAGCAAUGAGAAGGAUGGCCAGACUCCUGAAGACCAGAUUGCCGUGCUGGCCUUCCUGGUGCAGGAGGGGGACAAAACAAACGAGGGUUUCCAGCCCCUGGUGGAGGCUCUGCCCCAUAUCCCCAAACCUGGGAUGAACACCACGAUGAGGGAGAGCAGCCUGCUGGACCUGCURCCCGAAGAGGAGAAGCUGAAGCGCUACUUCCGCUACCUGGGCUCGCUCACCACGCCAAGCUGCGCUGAGACUGUGGUCUGGACCGUGUUCGAGGAGCCCAUCCAGCUCCACAGGAGCCAGAUCCUGACAUUCUCCCAGAAGCUGUACUACAACAAGGAGCAGACGCUGGUGAUGAGUGAGAACGUCAGGCCCACACAGCGCCUGGGAGAUCGACAGGUGAUCAGGUCCCGGGCUCCAGGACAGCUGCUGGCCUUGCCCCUGCCCACCCUGUUGGUUCCCACACUGACCUGCCUGAUGGUUGGCUUCCUCCGGUAACCACUCGGUUCUGGACUUACGACCCCUAACCUCAACCUUUAGAGGACCUGACUUCCGUUCCUUAUGCUUCCCAGACUGGACUUUGAAGAUGAUUUAAAAUAUGGAUAUAUUUUUGGAGAAACCUUUCUGAAGUCUGUUUGUUAGCUCCAUCCAACCACAUAACCCAUCCUGUUUCUAGGCAGGAGACUUCAGGCCUAGAGAUUUCUUCCCCACAGGUACCACCCGUUACCCCCAUCCCCUGCCUCUGUGAAUUCCCUGUCUACAUCCCGCCCGCUUCUACUCUGGCCUCAGAGAGUAGAAGGCACCAUGGAGCACAAACCCACUGAAUGCUGGUGGAGUUUCAGCCCCAUCUGUCCAUCAUACAGUUGGAGGAUCGGAGACCCAGAAAGGAGAGGCCAGAUGGGGGCCACAUAUCAGGGCCAGGCCAGAACUGACUGAGGCACCUGGCC